AUGAAAUUUUAUAUUCCACUAUUAAUUCUUCUUGUCUACUCACAACAAGAUAAUAAAAUUAUUUCUCCUGAAGAUCAAACCUUUCUAGAAACUUUAUAAAAAGAUUAGUUUGGUUUAACUGUUUUAAAUUCUAUUCAAACUGAGUAUUAACGUGAUUAAGGUAACUAUCAUUAUUCAUUCCAAUAUUAGAUAAAAAAGCAUAAUUUAACAGAAUCGAACAUUUAUUGAACGAAAUUGAGUAAUAAAUUGCCUAAGAUUAAUAAGAUGAUUUAGAACUCUAAUCAUAAGACUCUGAAUUAUGUAACAAAAACGAAUAAUAAUUAUUGAAUAGAUUAUUAACAAUUAAUAAGUCUUGAAGAAUAAAUUGCAAAAUCUUAAUAUGAUUAUAGUACAUUAGGAGCUUAAAUUAGAUUAUAUUAAGAUGAAUCCAAUAGAUAUGAUGUUGUAAUAGAUGAAAAAGAAAAUAUUAUCACUGAAUAUUAAUCAUUAUCAGAAUAAUUAGAUUAAAUUAGAUAAUUAGAAGUAUAAUCAUAUAUUUAAAUAGCGUGAACAUUUUGAAAUAGCAAGAGAUGAUUCUAUUAAUGUUUGUAGUCUCUUAAAAAGAGCAACAUAUUUAAUUAAGUAAACUAUACCUAAAUAUACCUUACUUAUUUAAUAAUAACAAAAUAUCAACCAAAAUGUUGAAGAAAAUACUGAUUUCUUACAAUAAAUAAAUGAUUUAUAUAACGAAGCCCAAGACAUACUAUAAAAUAAUCAACCUAUACUACAAAUAAUUAGUUAAAUUAUAAUUCUAAUAUCUUAGAAGAGUUUGUGAGCAUUUCAACGUAAACUGAAGCAGUUGUUAACACUAAUAGAGCUAAUGCAAUAGUUAACUUAUUAUAAUAACUAUAUGAUUAAAUUGAUAAAACUAGUAGAGUUUAGUAUAAUGCUGAAGAUGAUAGAGAAUAACUUCAUUUAAGAGUCAAAAACUAAAUAAAUGAUGAAUUACAUUCAAUUAAUUUAGAAGUAAUUAUUAAUUUAAUUUACAUUAUAGAUUGCAACUUUAUAAAACUAAUAGGAUUCAAUUGAUGCUCAAAUUGUCACUGAGUAAUAGAAUUAAAAAGAUGAAGAUAAUAAACUUACUAACCUAAAAAAAUAAUUAAUAGAUCUAACUAAUUGUUCAGAUAAUUCUAAGGUAUUUAAUUAUCUUAUGAUUUUAAGACUAAUUACAUUUAAAGAUAGAAAGAUAGAAAAGAAUAAUUGAAAUUACUUAGAUAAAUUAGAUAAGUGAUGUUAAAUGAUUUUGAUGCAAUUAGAUGCUAUAUUGAAGAUUAUUUUAACAAAACUCAAAGAUGAC